AUGGUACUACUUACCUUACUGGGACUAACUGCUUUACUUCUGAGAGAAAGGAGAGAAGUCAAGAACACCUACUCAGUUCAGGAUGAAAAAGUUGACCAGAGUGAUCUACUACCCGUGGGUAGUACUGAUGGUCAGACUUCUCAGCAUACCACCAGUGGCCCAGAAGUCCUCCAUACUGAAGAAGAACCCACCAGUCCCCCUAAAAUUGAUGAUGAUGACGCCUUUUAUGAUUUUGUUGGUGAUGCAUCUGAAUGGAGUGCUGAGGUCCUCCAUGCUCUCAACAGUGUCAUGUGUGAGUUUAAUGUCAAAUCAAUCGACAUCCCCCAGGUUCCAGUCUCUGCUGUGUCAGACUGUAGAGUCGACGUCCCACAAGCUUCGGAUAAUCCAGCAGUGGACACUGUGGCACCUCAGUCAAGCCAGCUGAAGGAUGAUGAGGAAACAAUAAUGGACAUCAACGCUUGCAGCGACAAAAUCAGCAUUCAGCUAACUGAAGGCGGCUUUGAAACCAUUUAUUCAGGGAUUCGCUUGGAUGAUGGCCUAAAGGAGGGUUAUUCUGAACCUCUUCAAUUGGAGCUGCAACAUCAGCACUCGGAGGAUAAGGAGAGAGAUGGAGCCUCGGACAAUGAGACUAAAUCAGACUCCGAGGUUCCUGAAGUUCCCGUUCCUGCCGAUGACACACCAGAGGUUCUCAACAAAAUCCUCUCAGGCCUUUCCUUACGAUUGAAGAACUGGUGGGAGAGAUACACAUGGGAGAUUCUCACUCCAGCUAUGAUCUCCUCGUUCUUCUUCAUCUUUAUUGUUUAUCUGGGUCCGAUGGCUCUGAUGAUGAUGCCGUUUCUGAUCAAGUGCUUCCAUCAGAUCAUCACAACUGGUUACAGAGUCUAUCACUGUUACCACAUGCCAUGGUUCAGAACCCUAAGCUUGUACUUCCUGCUGUGCGUGAGCUACUUCUUCUAUGAGGAAAAGAUCACAGAUUAUUUUUUCACCCUGGUGCAGAGGGAGGAGUGUGUACACAUGCUCAGCAAAUACCAUCACUUCAUUCCCUUUGCCCUGUACCUCGUAGGAUUCUGCAUGAUUGUUUUGAGUGUGGUGAAGAAACUCUAUCGCCUGCCAUUCUGCAUGUUCAUCUGGACUCAUUUGACCGUGCUGAUUGUGGCGAUUCACUCGGACUUAAUCAUUCAAAACCUUUUUGAGGAGAUGAUCUGGUUUAUUGCGCCAAUCUCCAGUAUUAUUUGUAAUAACAUAAUCGAUUGCAUGUUUGGAUUCAUUCUCAGUCGCAGCCUUUAAGUUGUCUCUUAAUAAGACAUAGCGAGAGCCGUGAGAACAGGGCGAGGCCGGUGGCAUGAUUGAUGAUGAGCGCCACCUGCGAGCCGCACCAUCUAGUUUCUCACGGAGCAUAAAAGGAGGAGCGACGACAGUGAAGGACGAGAGAGGACCAGGCCUGGAGUUUUUUUUUCCCUCUCUCAUCUCUGUCGCUCCUGAUGCUUCCGUCUCCUUUUCUCUCACCUCGUCUGUC